AUGCCACCGCCGCCUGAGGAUGUCCAACAGAGAAUCGAUGCAGCUAUCCUCGACGCGGCAAGGGCAAGCCGCCCCGCUCCCCCUCGUGAAGCAGCACCCGAGCUGAAGCCUGCGCCUGCACCUGCACCUGCACCUGCAGUGGAAAAGCAGCUCCCAGAACAAGCUGCGACAGACACACUCCAAGACACUCCACAAGAAACUCCCGUCGAAGAGGAACACCCCAAGACACAAGCAGAAGUGGUGGCGGAGAAGGUCAUGAAGGAGGAAGCGAUUGCUGAGGAGGCACUGCCGUCAAAGCAUCAAGAGCAGAGAUGGCAUCUGUCCAAGCGGGUACAAGAGCGUAUGGACGAGCUGCUGGCCAAGGCCGCAGUCGUCAGUCACAAGGUCAACAACUACACGGGAACCGACUACUCGGGCAUCGAACGCUUGCGUCGCGACAUCAUCGACCAAGAACAACUUGUCAAGGCUGCCCAUGCCGACGUCAACGCCGCAAAGGUCGCCUAUACCACAUCCUACAGUCAACAAGCUGCCUCGCAGAAAGAAGUCGUCGGCCUCCUCGAACGCAAACAUUCAUGGUCAGCCGCCGAUCUUGAGCGCUACAUGUCUCUGAUCCGCUCCGAGCACUUGAACGAACAGGCCGUGCAGGCUGCGAAAGAGCAUCUUGCAAACACCGAACGCCACCUCGAAGACGCCAGAGGAAAGCUCGAGAAAAAGGAACGCAAACAAUAUCACGAGGAGCAGAUCUGGAGUGACACAAUCCGUCGCAACAGUACUUGGGUGACAUUCGGGCUAAUGGGUCUGAACAUCUUCUUGUUAUUGGCCAACUUGGUCAUCUUCGAACCCUGGAGAAGGCGAAGGAUUGUCAGAGAGAUCAAGACUGCUCUGGACGAGAAGACGACGCAGGUACCAUCGCUAGCGCCUGUUGCCGAAGCUGAGAUUGACAAGGUUGUCGAGCCAGUCCAGCAACCUCUGGAGAAGAUCGAAGAGCACAUCGUCGGAACAAUCCAGGCAGCUGCUGCAGAAGUCAUGCCCGAGACGGCGAUAGAGGUAGCCCCCGACGCACAGCCUGAAGCCGCGGCUGGCAGCGAGGUCACGGUCGGAGAAACACCGCUCGCAGCUGGAGAAGUCCUACCCGAAGAAGCCGUUGAAGUCAGCGAUCCGGCUGCAGCGAUCAACGAGUCCGUCGAGAAAGCAGUCGAAGAGCCGAUGCAACGGGCGGAGCCCGAGAACUGGGAGGAGAGACUCGCUCUUUGGAAGGAGGUGAUACAUGUCAAGUUGACUUUGUACAAAGCCAAGUUGCAAGACCUGUUCUCGGAGCGUCAAGUCACAGUCAAGCGGAUUGACGUAACGAUGAUAGCUCUCGAGGGCGCUGCAGCCGGUGUGGCAGUAGUCGGACUCGUGUGGGCGCUGCUCAACGCCCGAUCAUGA